UGGCUCCAGCCCCCACAGAAGCUAAAGCUCAGAAGAGCUCCCAAUUGCAGGCAUCUGCAGUGUCCGGCACCCACCAUGAGGCCUCUGGUCCUGCUAUGGGGCUGCCUGGUGCUCCCAGGUUAUGAAGCCCUGAAGGGCCCAAAGGAGAUCAGUGGAUUUGAAGGUGACACCGUGUCCCUGCAGUGUACCUACGAGGAGAAGAUGAAGGAGUACAGGAAGUAUUGGUGCCGGCAGGGUGGCAUCCUGGUGUCGCGCUGCGGUGACAUCGUCUACACAAACCAGGACCAGAAGGUGACUCGAGGCACGAUGUCCAUCCGAGACAGUCCUCAAGUGCUCUCGAUGACCGUGACCAUGAGGGACCUUACCCUGAAGGAUUCAGGGAAGUACUGGUGUGGGAUUGACAGACUGGGCCGCGAUGAGUCUUUUGAGGUUACACUCAUUGUCUUUCCAGGGAGCUCCCGCCCACUCAUCUGGCUGCCCCUCACCACACCUCAGGACUCCAGGGCUGUAGCCAGCAGCGUCUCUAAGCCCAGUGUGUCCAUCCCGAUGGUCCGCAUGAUGGCCCCAGUCCUGGUGCUCUUGUCCCUGCUGUUGGCUGCGGGACUAAUUGCCUUCGGCAGCCACAUGCUCCGGUGGAGAAAGAAAGCUUGGCUGGCCACGGAGACACAGAAGAACGAGAAGGUCUACCUGGAAACCUCGCUGCCGGGGAACGGCUGGACCCCUGAAGACUUGACAAUAGACCUUGCGGUGUCUCCUGGAUGUCUCGGAAACCCUGACCCUUCUGCUGUGCCCCCUCCUGAGACACAGAACCUCAGCCAGUCUACAGAGGAAGCGGCAGCUCGUUCCCUGGACAACGACGAUGCCGCCGCCGCCGAGGAGGGCGUGAUGGCACCCCCUCCCUUGCAGACGUCUGCGGAGGAACUGGCCUUCUCCGAGUUCAUCUCUGUGUAACUGCAGAAUGCCCCGUGGUCGGUCCGAGAUUGUGAAGCUGAACAGCUGAGUUCUCAUGAAUUCUCGGGUUCUACUCACAGCCCACCACUCUGUCCACCUUCCUUCCGGCUCCCUUUCAUGCCCCAGAUGGAGAAGUGUCUGUGGUCCCAGAAGCCCAGGAUGGUACUUAACAAUUCCAGCCAGAGGCUGGAACCUCCCGCAUAUUCUAACCCCUGGGAAGAGUUAAUGGGUGUGUGGGCCUUCAGCAGGGCCUAGCCAGGCUCCAUCGAUGAGGACUGAGUUUGUGUGCAUUCCAGGAAAUUCCCUGGGUGUGGGUGCCCAGCAACAGUCCUGCCUCCCAUCCUCCACGGAUCCCACCUGCACAUCCCUCCAAUUCUCCUGCAUCAGGUGCUGUGGAGGAGACAACUUAUGUGUGUCUAUGAAACACCUGCAUCCUGGCCCCUUAGAAAAUAAUUAAAACAAAAUUCUGCAGACCCAUCAAGACUCACCAAACCAUCUCUAGGGCAGGGCCCGGGACUCCACAGUUCUGACAAGUGACCCAGCCAUUCUACCCUUGGGCCUGAUGGAUCCUCCGCCCCUUUUAGCUAGAAUCUUCCUUCCUUCCUUCCUUCCUUCCUUCCUUCCUUCCUUCCUUCCUUCCUUCCUUCCUCCCUCCCUCCCUCCCUCCCUUCCUUCCUUCACUGUCUCCUAUAUGCUCCCUAGACCUAGAUCAUGACAGUAUGGCCCCAGUAGGAGCUUCCUGAUGCCUCCCUGGUCAGGCACACAAUGGUGACAGCCAGCCCAAGGCAGCCAGGGAUCAGCUGUCUUUCCAUUCUCCUUCCCCAAGGCCCUGUAUCCCCAUAGGACAUUGGAGGAAGGCUCGCUAUCAUUCCUGUACAGAGCAGUUACUCCUCCAUGGGGUCUGGAGGCUGGGGGAGAGGAGGAGGGGGAAACCAGAGUGGGAAGGAAGGAGGGAGGGGACAGAAGACACUAGACUCUAGUUACUAGAGGAGAAUACUAAAUCCAGGCCUGCUGAGGGACAGACAUACUGGCUCAAGUAUUUUUUUUUUCCUUUUUCUAUUUUGUUUUGAAAAGCAAGAUGUUGGGAAGGGAGGUGUUCAGAAUAUAAAACAGAAGUGUAGGGAGAAUACAAAAGAAGGGAGGGGUGUUUUUAGGAUCAUAUAUAACCUCACCAAGCCUUGCUGACGGCUCUGAGUGAGCUUGCAGGACCCCCUCCCCUCCCCUUCUUGUAUUUGCAGAUGCUCUGUUAACAGAGGGGUCAUCUCACCGUGCACAACCCACUCCGCAUCCCACACUGUCUCAUCAUAAGCAUCCCCCCCCCGUGUUCUAUGGACUUUGUACAGUAAACUUUCUCAGCUGUGUAGUAUUUCAGCAUAUGGGUGUGCCUCUGUUUACCAAACCAGUUCUCUGCCACUAGCUGCUUUAAAUUUGCAGGGUGAGGGGGUGGAGAGAUGGCUCAGGGAUUAAGAGCGCUGACUGCUCUUCCAGAGGUCCUGAGUUCGAUUCCCAACAACCACAUGGUGGCUCACAACCAUCUGUAAUGGAAUCCAAUGCCUCUUCUGGUGUGUCUGAAGAUAUCGACAUGUGCUCAUGUACAUAAAUGUUUAAAAAAAAAAAAGAGUAACAGGUAGAAGAGAGUCCCCUCAAUUGUAAAAUGGCACAAUUGCUACGUGUCACAUUUUAGAAUUAUAUUUAAAAAAAUCUAAUUAAAAAAAACAAGCAAACAAACAGAAACUA